AGUAUGUCAACCAAAAAAUCAUAUAAUAUAGUCUGGUGUGCUGUAUAUAUGUUAUUACAAAAAUGUAAGUAAGCCAAGCAACGAGGAAAUAAAUCUAUAAAUUACAUUCUCCUUCCUCUUGUUAAUCACCAUUCAUUGGUUCCUUCUUGCUUUUCAAAUUCUUAGUUAUUGUAACCAAAGCAAGACCUUAGGUCAACUCUUCACUCACUUAGAAUGCCCGAGUCUUUCAUCACCGAUUCUCUAUCCAGUUAUCCUCAUCCAGAUUAUGCUGAGAUAGUUGUGGUUCGUCAUGGUCAAACUAUUUGGAAUGCUGCAAAAAAAGUUCAGGGACACUUGGAUGUUGAAUUGAAUGAAGUUGGAAGAGAGCAAGCACGUGCAGUGGCUGAUAAACUAUCAAGAGGACCAAAGAUCUCUGCCAUAUAUUCUUCUGAUUUGCAACGUGCUUUUGAAACUGCACAAAUAAUUGCUUCUAAAUGUGGAGGACUAGAGGUCGUCAAGGAUUUUGACCUACGGGAAAGACACAAAGGAGAUCUUCAAGGCCUUCCUCAUCAUGAAAUAGAAAAGACUAAUCCCAUUAGUUACAAGGCUAUGAUGUCUGAUAAUGAAGAUGAAGAAAUCCCAGGUGGUGGAGAAAGUAUUACUCAACUUCUUGAACGUUGCAAAUCUGCAUUUCUGAGAAUUGGCAAAAAAUAUAAAGGGGAGAGAGUUGUUGUUGUCUCUCAUGGAGCAUCCAUUGAAAUACUAUACAAGUGGGCUUGUGUAAAUGGAUAUGAAGGAAAAAUACACAAUGCAUCUAUCAGUAUUUUUCAUUUGUAUGAUGAUGAAAAAUGGACAUUAAAUAUGUGGGCUAAUGUUAGCCAUUUGAGCCAAAAUUGAUUUCUCUACAAUAUACUCUUGGGGUAAUAUAAAUUCCGGUUAGGAUGUAAUGCAUGUUGUUUCCUAUCCAAAGUUAAUAAAGAAUUAAAGAGAGCAGAGGAAAAGAAUGUCAAA